CGAUUAUUUCAUAACAUUCUUUCUUGAAAAUUAACAUAUUUAGCAGCUUGCCAAGUUUUUUUAAGAUAAUGCCCAGGCUUCUUACGGGUUGGAAUUCAAUAUGGCGGCCAAUUUGAAAAGCCUGUCUUUAGCCGCUAGUGUAGGUGAUUCAAAAAAUAAUUUAAAUUUGUUAUCAAGUUCUUCCACCAAUGUAGUAUCUAACAAAACAAUAUCCCCCAUCGUGGAAAACCAUUAUGAUUUACGUUGGCCGACUACUCAGGAGCGUGAUUUUACUCAAAUAACUCACGAGGAGUCCAGCAGCCCAACAUGCUCAACAUCGAAUUCCUUUUCCAAUGAAGACAGUCAUCAUGAUGUAGAAAAUGCUACAGAACAAGGAGUGCAACUGAAAUUAUGCGCACAGAUAGUUGAGGAAAUUCAGCAAAAAAAGAAAACAAAUUGUCCGAGGCCAAAGGAGAUGGAAACAUCUUUCAACUGUCAAUAUAAGAAAUCUGGUAGUUUCUAUGGAGAAUCAUCAAAAAAGAAGCUGAGACCAUUGCCUUUGCUUGAGUCAGAGGAAUACAAUUCUCAAGAAUCAGACAUGAUAAAUUACUGGAAUGUGUUCUCAGAUGAAAUUAUCCUUGGGAUAUUUUCUUUCUUUACCAAGAAGAAUAUCUGUGUUUGUGCAAAAGUCUGUAAGAGAUGGCGGAGACUAGCGUAUGAUGAAAGUAUGUGGCAAUCAUUGGAUAUAACUGGGUUGACAAUAAAAGAAGAAAUUCUUCAAAAUCUGUUCAUACGGGGUGUCGUUGUUAUGAGAUUAGCAUGGCUUGAUGUCCUUUCUUUAGAGAAAACUAAAUGCUACACUGAAAGCAAUGAAGAGUCCCCCUAUGAUGUGCAAUAUCUGGAUGCUUCUUCGUGUACAAUUAAAGAAAACAUUCUGUCACAGUGGCUGUCUAAAUGUAGAAAUCUGAAAAAACUCAGCUUGGAAUCCUGUGCAGUUUCAAAUGGUAUUUUAAGAGCUAUUGGUCGUUGUAGUCAGUUAUCAGUCCUCAACUUGUGUAUGUGCAGUCAACUAACUAAAAGAGGUCUCAAAUCUAUAGCACUUGGGUGUCAAAGACUAACUGAACUUAAUCUUGGUUGGACAAACAUGACUCCAGAGUCGAUUUCAACGGUUGCGAAAAAUUUCCCCAUGUUGGUGAAAUUAAAUUUAAGUGGUUGUCGCGAAACAUUACGUGAUGAAGCUGUGUCAGAUCUUCUCACUACGUGCCAUAACCUUAUAUGUCUAGAUCUAAGUGAUUGCAUUGACAUUAGCGAACGGUCUGUUAAAUCUAUUGUGAAACAUGGCAAAAUAAAACAUUUGGCGCUGAGUCGAUGCUACGGAAUCACUCCAAAAAGUUUAGAAUCUUUAUCAUUGUUGAAGUCAUUGUGCUCAUUACAGGUAUACGGAUUCCUAACUAACCCUGGGCUAAGUGUUCUAAAGAAAGUGUUGAAAGGGAUAGAUAUAAACAAAAAUAUGUUUUCCACCAUCGCUCGACCUACAGGGAGUGUGUAUAAACAAACAAUAUGGGGCAUCAAAUGUUUAGGAAUUGGUUAGCUUGAGAUUAGUUUCAGAAAUUUUUUAUUAAGAAUUUUUUAUUAAGAAGUACACGGGUUUUGUUUGUAAAUAUAUGGUUUUCAGAUUAUUAAACCAACCGACUUGUUGUCACGGAAACUAAAUCGCUUCGCAUAUUGUGCAUGUUUUGUGGUGUGAACUUUCGCGUAUUAGCUCUGUUGCCGACAAAAUCGAUCUCGGAUUGGUCUUGUGGGCCUAAGACUAAGGUCACGUACAUCUCGAAUCGAUCUUAUGGCUAGCUGAGUGUGCACAUGCAGACUCUAUAUGCAUAA